GCCCUGCAGAGAUCUAAGAAAAAAUUCCAGAAAAAUGAGCAGCAACCUCCAAGGCCAGGCAUCGGUGCAGGGGACAAGGGGUCGUAGCUGGAGGGGCCUAGGUGAGGCUGCCGGGAAGGGACUAUGUGGUUGGUGGAGUGCACAGGCAGGGACUUCACUGGACUUUCCUGUCUGCUCGGCAUGGACAGGCAGCCCAGGAGAAGGCAGCAGGUGGCCGGGUGCAGGGACGUACCACCCCCACUUCCCCAGGGGAGCUGGGGUCAGACGAGUCCCAGGCACUCCAUCCUCUGCAGCAAGUCAGGUUGUGAUUUACUAGGGGGUGGUGAAUAUAAUGGAGAGACUUCUGGGGAGGAAUUCCUGGCUCCCGCGUGGACUUGCAGAGCUCAACAGGCAGCCACGUGGCUGAGUGUCCAGCAAACAUCACAUAAGGCUUUGGGUCCUGCAGGUGGGGCUGCCAUGAGCAGCAAGCUCAGUCCAGAAGAGCAGUUCCUCUCCAGGAUCCACUUCCUGCGCACUUUUAUGUGCAGUGUAGCUGGAGCAGAGCUCCCCGGAAUUCCACAGGCAACUGAGAACGGAGAGGGAUGCAGGCCAGCCAGGGAUCCAGCGUCUUCCCCAUCGUCACUCUUCAUGGCCUCCGUCUGCACACAGUGUUCGUUUGCACAGCUUGUCAGCGCGUUAUCAUGACUUCUAUUUGGCACCGGCCCGUCUGUCCACUGUCCUGGCUUGUUCCAAGCGCUGCCUUCUCCAGCUGGGGUCCUGGCUGCAGAGCUGUCUGCUCCCCACGUUGGGCAACUCCAGCCAAGAUUCCUACACCCAAAUGUGACCGUGUUGC